CCGCUCCAAAACAAAGACGGGAUUCAGCGAUGCUGCAGCUAAGAAAUAUGAACUUUUCCUCGUUAUCACAACAUGGCUGUACCUUUGUAUGAGCUUGGAUGGAUCCAAUAAUCUACAUUAGCCAAAGAUGGAUUUCCUGUCCGUAAACUCAUUUGCUGUGUUCCCAACCAGGGUGUGUUUUUAAGAGAUUCCAGACCAUCCCUGCAUUAGUGGAAAACAUGAAUGUGAGAAUGAGUUUUGACACUGAAUUGGACCAAUGGGACUCUAACACUACCUGCUAUUAAUCAAGAAUUAACAUUCUUGCAUUUCUUGCAUUUCUUGUCACCAUGAAUUCGUGUCUCAUCAGACAAGUGGUUGGUUAGAUCCUAGUGUUGCAGCCAUGGAUGCAUCUGUAAUGCGAUACGCGGAUGGGCGAUAUGGAGCCGUGCGUAACAUUUACGAGGAGACGAACAUUCGUCCGUUCUACAUGUCACCUAUGCACUAUCAAUCCUACUUGACAGGACGAGGACUGGAUGAAGCCAAUAUGCAUGGCAUGGUCCCUCCACACAUCGUCAACAUGCCGCACAAGUGUAAUAGCUGUGGUGCUGCAUUUGAAAGAGCUGAACAACUAAAAGACCAUAACUGUCUGCAAACUAGUGUAAAACAUACCAAUUACAGUAUGUAUGGUAACAAGAACAUGGUGGCACCAGUCGUACAUCCCUCUCACAAAGAACACACCAGUGAACCUGUCUUAGACCCUUUGAAAGAUCCAAGAACUAUAGGAGAUGUGGGAAAGUCGUGUAACAACACUGUGCCCCAUGAAAGGUGCCCAAGUGCUGCCGACACCAUUCGUGAACAGCAGCACAGUUCCGGACCAGGAAGGAGCGAUUUCUGUCCCGAACAUCUCAAGGAGAGUGUUCCCAUCUCAGCUGAGCAAAAACCCACAUCAUGUAGUGCUGAUUUGUGUGGUCACAACUACGGAACCGUGGAGUACCUGAGAGAGCAGCUUCGCAUGCAGACGACAGUGAAACCCUUCAUGUGUAUCUUUUGCGGGCUGUGCUUCAACGGCACACACGUUAACGACCAUAACUGUCGUCAGAGGACAGAAAAAUCCAACAGUAAUGACUUGAUGUAUGGAAGCACUGUAGAACAAUUGAGAGAACGCAUAAGCAUGCAGGUAAUGAUGAAACCCUUUCUCUGCAUUCUGUGUGGAGACUAUUUUGAGAGGACAGACAACAUCAAUGCACAUAAUUGUGUUCCACAUGCCACUGCAGCUAUUGCGGCAGCAACUGCCGCUGCAGCCGCUGUUUCGGAUACAACACCGAAAAAACUUGACACAACCGCAAAGACACAAGGUCAGGGUACAACGCCGAAAGAGAAGCCAUAUAAAUGUGAGGAAUGCAACAAAGACUUCAGUCGCAAAGAUCACCUGAAGAAGCACAUGGGAAUUCAUGCCAAGGACAGACCCUUUAAAUGUGACAGAUGUGAGAAGGACUUCACUAGAUCGGAUCAUCUCAAAGAACACAUGUUUGUUCACACAGGAGAAAAGCCAUAUAUGUGUGUUCUCUGUGGGAAGGGAUUCAAGAGAUCUGACCAUCUGAAAUUGCACAACUGUUCCCAGAUUACUGAAAAGCCAUUCAAAUGUGACCUUUGCCAGAAGAGCUUUGCCCGAGUGGACCAUUUAAAGAAGCAUGGCUGCAUUCAUGGCCCAGAACGUGAACGUCCCUUCAUUUGCGACAUUUGCGGGAAGGGUUUCAUCAGGAUUGAUCAUCUCAAGAAGCACAAACACACGCAUUCAACAGAAAAGCCGUUUAAGUGUUUCGUGUGUGGUAAGGGUUUUAAUAGGUCGGAUCACCUCAAGAAGCAUACGGAUACGCAUUCUUCAGAGAGGCCUUACAAGUGUGAAAUUUGUGGGAAGGGUUUCAACAGGACUGAUCACCUGAAAAAACACAAGUAUAUUCACUCGCCAGAUAAACCCUUCAAAUGCGAGAUUUGCGGGAAAGGGUUUAACAGAUCAGACCAUCUUAAAAAGCAUAAUUGUACACACACAAUAAAAUCACCUAAAGAUUCGGUAUAUCCAUCAAUGGUUCCACCUAUGCCUCGUAACCCAACCAUGGUUGAACCAUUGAAUCCAUCAAUAUCAGAAUCUUUGUCGCGAAACAUCAGCAUGGAUUCAGUGUCCAGAAACACAACCAUCGGGGAACCAAUGGCCCGUAACGCCGCUAUGGCCGUUCCCAUGACGCCAAAAGACACGUCUCAGGACACCAGCGAUGAGACUUCAAGCCAAAAGGAAUUUGGAUCCGAAAAGUCCACCAGUGACAAAAGUCAAACGGCUGUACAGAGUUCUGAACGACAGUUUUCUCCUGAUCCUUUUAAGUUCGAACAUUCAGAGCACAGACUUGUACAGAACCUUGUUGAUGAGAAUCUGAGGAAACUGUUUGCUGACAAGUCACUGAUGGAACAACCUGCAAGGAACGAUACACCAAGUGGUCCAACAUUUCCGCAGUCUGGUCAAAUGAACUUACAACCUGGCCAGAGUAUUUCACGGUCAGGACAGACAGUGCUGACGCCGGGACAGACGUUUACUCAGUCUGGACAGAAUAGCACACAAUCGGCUCAAACGUAUACCCAAUCCAGUCAGACGUUUUCACCAUCUGGGCAAACCAUGUCGGAUCCUGGACAGACUAUUACACAAUCCGGACAAAGCAUUAGUCAUACCGGCCAAACAUUUACACAAUCCGGCCAAACAUUCACCUCCGUAAGUAUGUCGCAGUCGGCUCAAAGUAUGUCGCAGUCCGGACAAAAUAUGUCGCAGUCCGGACAAAAUAUGUCACAAUCCGGACAAACUAUGUCGCAAUCCGGACAAACUAUGUCGCAAUCCGGACAUAACGUAACCCAGGAUGGACAGAAUAUGGCACAAUCUGGACAAUCAAUUGCACACUCCGGGCUGAAUUUUACACAAUCGGGACAAAAUUUAUCUCCCGCGGGAAACCUUUUUUCACAGUCCGGACAUACGGGUAUACAGAAUGGUUUCUAUAGCAACGCAUCAGGUUUGCAUGCUGUGAAACCAUAUGAAUUUGACCACCGCAAUGUGAACAACUGAAUUACCCGUUAAAAUCCGGUACUACGUACGCUUGCUAACAAGACGAACUAAAACCGUAUUAACACGUGCUUGUACAUGGCCAAUGAGUCUUAAGUAAGCUAAAUUUGCCAUGAGGUGACGUCAGUCGUCUGCCGUCUGCUCAGUCAAAAACUAGUGUUUACGAUUAUAAAAAUGCUCAUAGAAGGUACAUGUACAAAUUACAUGGAAUAUUUCCUUGAUUCAGUUAGGAGUUUCAGGGACUUUCAUAUAGCAGAUUAAAUUAUAAUUAUUUUCAUUUAAAUGAAAACAUCUUUAUAUUGUUCUCAAUGCUUUUAACUGUUGAUACAAUUUUGUCAGUUUAUCUGUUUUGAUAUUUACAAAUUCCACCAGAGCAAUUUUAAACACAUGUGAAAUUUGAUUCCAGUGACGAUAAAGAAAUUACUGAGCGCAAUAUAUGUUUUAAAUUGUACCCAAGAUAUUUCCAAUUCUUGCUCAGGACCAGGUGAGCGAUAGAGGGCCGACGGGCCUCCUACUGUGCCAUAUAUUUAGAGUCUUGAUUAGGUCUCUAAAAAGGUAAUGUGUGCCAAUAUUUCUUUUGCAAAUAUGGACAACGGCUUGUUUGACUCGAGUCGCUAAUUUGCUUAAUUUUGUUAUAAUUAAAACUUUUUACAUGUCUUAUGAAACCAUUACUGGAGAUGGAAGCUGCCGCAUCUGAUCAAAUUUAGAGAUCUGAAUAGAAUAUUUGAUAUACAUGUACAUCUUUUAUGUCCACAGAUAUUGGGACAAUGCUUCUAAGUAUACUUUUUAUGUUUUAUCUGUUAUGUUUUAUAUCAUUGAUCAGUGCAUUGUUUUAGACAUGGUAUCCACCUGUGGUUUCGAGUAGGUGUGGUGACCUACUAGUGAGAGAUGGAUAGUCCCUUCUGCGCAUGCCUGUUGCACAUGCGUAACAUUUGGUUGGACACCGUUAAGCUUACCUGACACUAAGCGUUGCUAUGGUAUGGUUCAGUGGGCCUGUAUCAGCUCAUGCCACCGCGAUGAAAGGUCCAGGAGAUAUAACGUUUUCUUUGACGAACUGUCCGCCACAUUCUCUAGUUUUGGCGUACAUUUCUCCUAAUAGCGGUUUUUGAUUUAGGAAGCUCGUGUUCUGGUCUUAUAUUGAUGUCAUCAAGUAGAUUGUGAGAAUGUGAAAUUAUUUCAAAUGUUGCGGCCAAACUUUCCAGGUUGAAGUUUUUUUUAGACCGAAUGCUUAUCAUUAUCUGCAUCAAAGUGGGAGCAGGGGCAUAUGCUUUACUAUCGCUAGUUAAUAUCUGAACCCUUUGACAACCGAGAAUAUAGUUUAGGGUAUUUGGUCAUUAGUAACUGGUUAUUACCGUACAUUUUCUUCAUCUGAAUUAUUUAUUCUGUAAAGCACGAGGUAGUGAUGUCAUAAAGCUCGUAAAUGGCUUAUAAAAUUAUCAAAACCUGUCGAAAAGAUAGGAAUUUGUCAAUUUCCACAGCUGUCAAUAUCGUAUAAUAAAUGUUUUGCUGUCUGAAGUAUAAAUAAUUUUCUGCCUUGUAUCUUGUCACUGUGAUGACUUAUUAAAUGUCAGAGGUUAUGAUCUUGACCAUUUUCAAGACAGUAAUAGGUGACCUCAAAUCCAUAAAGGACAUUUGGCCGUAAUACACGUGUAUGCUCUCGGCAUCACGUAUUGCGCGAAGUUUUCUCAAAGACACAGACCCACAAAGUGAUAUAUUUUUGAUACAGUGCAAUAGUUGAUUUACAGUUUAUUCUAAUACAUUUGACCUUGACCCAGUUUGAAGGUGACACGUAGUAUUUCCAUUAGUUUUGGUAACAAGUGAGUGAUACAGGCCGACACAUACCAUAUGUUGUAACUUUUACUUAUAUUGGGAAAUGUUGGUGUUCCAAUUCACUCAGAUGGUUACGGAUGUCAACAUGGCAAAGUUUUGUUACAAGUCAUAAAUCAUGUGCUAAUAUGUGUGUAGUAUACUUAACACAAGGCGUGCCAAUACUUUUUGUAUUUUUUCUUUUCAUGAUUAAGUGUUUCUUUUUUUGUCUUGGUCCAAAUAUAUGGACCGCAUGUCAUGUUGCUUAAAGUGUACAUAUUCCUUGUCCGUCGAGGUAGUGUUUUGCGUGAUACGAUUGUUGCCAGUUUUUAGUAUUAUUCAAAAUGAUUUUAGGUUGUUGACCACGUUUACUGUCUGAAGGUUGUGUUUUAUAUGUAGUACUUCAUUUAUAUUGGGUUGUUUUUACCAAAUAUAAGGCAUUCUAUUAAGUUACUAUACAAUGUGGAGAAAUACGGCAGCCGAUUAGUGCCACGUGAAGAGGAAAAAAAUAUUAUUGCGUCACAUUUAUUUAGCGAUAGCUGACUAAUUAUUGAUCACGAGAUAGCUGACUAAUUAUUGAUCACGAGAUUGCUGACUAAUUAUUGAUCACGAGAUAGCUGACUAAUUAUUGAUCACGAGUAGCUGACUAAUUAUUGAUCACGAGAUUGCUGACUAAUUAUUGAUCACGAGAUUGCGGACUGAUUAUUGAUCACGAGAUUGCUGACUAAUUAUUGAUCACGAGAUUGACGACUAAUUAUUGAUCACGAGAUAGCUGACGAAAUUGCUAAAUCAUUAUUCCGAGAUAACUGACAAUGUCGAAAUGACGAGAUAACUAAGGCGCUAUUGCUACAUAUUUCUUAAUACUUCAUGUGGCACUGAUCGGCUUGUAGAGAAUAAAUUUACUGUAUAGAAGAUUUUAAAGGUUACAUGUUAUUUUACAACGGAAUAACUUCUGUUGAUAUAGUCGAAUCAGAAAAAUAACAGUGAGAUAUUCGAAAUUUAAAACCAGGAUAUUCAAUGUGUAGAUUUUUUUCCACCAGGGACGUUUGUGGACGCUGUGGUUGUUUGUGUGUCCAGGUUCCGGGCCUGUCCUUGUUUGUGGACGCCGUGGUUGUUUGUAUGUCCAAGUUCCGGGCCUGUCCUUGUUGGUGGACGCUUUGGUUGUUUGUAUGUCCAUGUUUCGGCCCUGUCCUUGUUUGUGGACGCUGUGGUUGUUUGUAUGUCCAGGCUCCGGGCUUCUCCUUGUUUGUGGACGCUGUGGUUGUUUGUAUGUCCAUGUUUCGGCCUUGUCCUUGUUUAUGGACGCCGUGGUUGUUUGUAUGUCCAUGUUUCGGCCCUGUCCUUGUUUGUGGACGCUGUGGUUGUUUGUAUAUCCAGGUUCCGGCCCUGUACUUUUUAUGGACGCUGUGGUUAUUUAGUUGACCGAGUUCCAAUCUGUUCCUUGUCUGUUGACAACACAUACUAGUAAUGAUCUUAAAUUUCUGUCCUGGUGAGAGUUAAGCUUCUUUCAGUUUUGAUCCUUUUCGUUAUUUGUUGACACAGUAGGCAUAUAUUUUUUGUAUUGAUGAGUCCCGCUUUUGUAUAUCUUUUUUUGUGUUGUAAUUUUUCUAUUUUCACUUUUUUAUACAAUGAUGUCCUGCUGUUCACAAGUCUUCCGAUGUUUCCGUAUUACUGUACGUUAUUGCUGAAAUCGUAAGCCGUUCGAUCAACUACAGGUCGAUUGCAUUCUCUAUGGAUACUAGAUAAUUGUGUCACGUAAAAGGGAAUGAAACCUAUUCUGGUGACUGAUAUUUACAUUUAAAUACAAUGCAUACAUAUCCGGUAACCAUUGUUCGUGGUUAUUGUAUCUGUGCAAUUUGUGCAUGCCUUUUAUGAUUAUGUACUUUUAUUGUGUUUAUUCGUCUCAUUUGUAAGAUGUUCCGGGAAUGACGUAGCUUUCCGACAUCAUUGAUAAAAGAGAGUGAGUUUUCCUUGUUAUAAAUGUUCAUUUUGUAUCGCUUUUCCCAUGUAAACGCCAUCAUUUUAGAGUGCCAUAUUUAGUUAGUAGCCCACGCAUCAAAGCCAUUGACCCUGACGAUCUACCAAACUUAAUAUGCUUUUUCUGAUUUUGAGAAAUGACCAAACUUAACAUUUCUGCUUGACUAUAUUCUCCAAACCAUCACAGGAAACAAGGGUAAUAUUUAGCAAGAUUUAAAUUCUAAAACGACUAGCUAUAACUGUAUAUACACAUACGCUGUUAAUCUAGAAAUCAAAAUAUAUGGGAGAGUCCGUUUGAAGUCGUUACAAAUGAUUGCAUGUGUUAUGUACAAUAGUUCAAUAUCCAUGUCACUUACGAAACUUAUGAUUUGUCUGGUCACAAAGGGGAUCUUUAACUGUAGGUAUACAAUCCCUUAUGGAGCAUGGCAGGAAGUCUGAUAAUUAAAUACAACUUUGUUUACUCUUAAAUAUCAAGAUCAGUUUUGUUUACACUCUCAGAGAUUGAGAAAGCAGAUUAUGUGUGUUUGAGUACCAGUUUGGUUGUGGUCAGUAGUUGGCAUUGUUUAGCUGUAGUUUCUGUGUUACUAUAAAACUGUUGACUUCAGUGGCUGAUACCCGUGUCAUAUUGUAUAUACCACGUGGUACAAAGAUAUAUAUAUUAUUGACAGGUGCAUGUUGAAUUUCUAGUCAGUUAUAAACUUGUAGUUUGUACCCUGUCCCAUUAUAAUCACGUUACCAUGGUAACACGUUUGUCGUCAAAUUUCCGGUUCAUUUCAUUGAAAGCUUAACGAGUAUUCAAGAGAAAUUCUUAUUCUACUCCAUAGUAUAAUUUUUUCAUUACUUUGAUCAGAACAGUUCAUGUAACGUAGACCUUGCUUAAUGUACACACACAAAAAUAGGAUAGCUAGUUUAAUUUUCCCAAACUUGUAUAGUAUCUGCGCAUGUCUUUAAAAAAUCAUUUCCUGUAAGCAUUUUAAACAAUUGGUAUUUUUCAACCUUCAAACUACAGAUAUAAGGUUCGAUGUGUAUUAUUCUAUCCGAAAAUUUUAAAAAGUUAAAAAAAAAAUCAAUAAAAAAAUUGUUCACGUGUGUAAUACACUGCUAUACGCCAUACGGUCGGAUUAACGGUCGGAUUAACGGCCGGAUUAACGGUCGGAUUAACGGCCAGACUAACGGUCGGAUGAACGGCCGGAUUAACGGCCAGACUAACGGUCGGAUUAACGGCCGGAUUUAUUGAAACCUUACUCGAAGUCAUUUCCUAGAGUUUUGUCCCUGUAAAAAUGAAAUCCUUAAAAUACGUUUAAUCAGUUACACUCUGUUUCGUGUAACCUACCAGGUGAGCGUGCCCAUUAUUUUAUAUAUACAUCGCAUUAUUCUGUCCACUUUGCUAUAGUAAAGGAGUUUUACCAGGAUGAGGUAGUCUUUGACUGGCCGAGGCCUUUCCCCGACUCGGGAUUAAUUGACUGACUUUGAUUAGGGCGUUGAGAUUAGCUCUGAAUAAAUUCUUUAAUGAAUGUUACGCAUUAAAAAUUUACAUCAAACGUGUUGAUUUAUGUUAAAUUAAGGAAAUACCAAUUAAUUUUAUUAUUAUUAUUAUAAUUUUUUUUUUUUUUGAAAUUCGAUAAAUAAGUUUGGCGGAAUGAAAAGUUUUUUAGAAUCAUUUUCCCAAUGUAAUACAGUUUUCUUUUCUAUUAUUAACAAACGCUGGACUUUUAUGAGGGUUGAGGCCAGGACGAUGUGUGAUGUGUUAGACGCAUGCUUUAAUACUAUGUAUCGACAUAUAUACCACAUGUUAAAAUAAAAGUGUGUAUUUACUUAAA